AGCUCAGAAGAUGAAAUUGACAUUAUCUUACAUGGUACGCCAGAACAGAAAAGAAAACUGUACAAAAAGACUCAAAAUAAAAGAUCAAAUUCAUCAAGUGAGGAUGAUUUUGAGGCAGAAAUGAAUAAAGAAUUGCAAGAGACUAUCGAAGCUUUGGAAAAUAAAAGAUUAUCUUCAAAUGAGGAGCAAUCUAAAGAAAAUGAAAGUAGUAAUAAAUCAGAUAUACAACAGUUCUAUGAUGAUAUUUAUUUUGAUUCAGAUGAGGACGAAGAAAAGGGUUUGUAUAGUAUAAUCUCCAAGGCCAAGAAGAGUUCACAUCCUGUAGUAUCAAAUGAUGAUUUAUUAUAUGACCCAGAUAUGGAUGAUGAGGAUCAGAAAUGGGUUGAUAAACAACGCAAAGAAUAUCAGCCUAAAUCUUCUAAUAAUAAAACUAAACUACCUAAAACUGAUGCUAUAUUAAAUUGUCCUGCUUGUAUGACUACAUUAUGUAGAGAUUGUCAAAGACAUGAUACCUAUGCGAAUCAAUACAGAGCCAUGUUUGUUACUAAUUGUGAUAUAAACUAUUCAGAAACUUUGAAAUAUCCUAAAGAACAGGGUAAAAAGAAGAAGCGAAAGAAAAAGAAAGGAAGUGAAACUGAAAGUAGAACGGAAGAAGACGAGGAGUUAUAUAACCCAGUGAAGUGUUCAGAAUGUCAGACUGUUGUCGCUGUUUAUGAUAAAGAUGAAAUUUAUUAUUUUUUCAAUGUAUUGUCUAGUUAUUCAUAA